AUUGCGUUACUCUAGUAGUUUUGUUGUCAGACGUUUCCAAGCCAACGUGACAUAACGCAUUCCACCCAGACGAGACCCCGACACUUGAAGAGCUCAGUAAUAACAACACUGAAGCAUGGCGGAGUUUCGGAGGAGAUUUUCUAUGGUUUAGCGAACUCUUAAGCUGUUUGGAAACUUUAAAGGGGGGAUCGCCUGACCUAUAGAUAUGUUGGUGAUGUUUUUAGAGUGUUUAAGCACGUGUCGAAUUGGAACACGAAUUCGAUUAAGAUAACGAUUCGAAAAUGCCGUGUUCACCGCGACUCGAUUUUACAACACAUCCUCAGUUGGAUUUGUCGAGCACGAAAGAACCAGAAUCUAAUACAUUAACGACUGUAGAAGAGUCUUCGAAUAACAGGAUGUCGGAAUCAGAAGCAUGCUCAAUCGAGGAACACGAAGAUUUGGUCCACGAGCGAGUCGAAUUUCGACACGAAGUCCAAGCGUCCACGCGCAAAGUCUCGUCUAAAAGGAAACCUAUUAGAAAACGAAGAACGGUCACGGCAAAUAUAUCUGCUACAAAAUACGAUAUUGUACGGAAGGCCUGUGUACAUGCUGGGAUGGUUGUGACAAGAGAUGACGACCCUAGUUGCUUUUUCAUUUGGAGUGAUUCCUCUGUAGGAGCUGAGCGGUUUAUUGAGCUUAAACCAUAUCAGAGAAUAAACCAUUUUCCUGGUAUGGGUGAAAUUUGUAGGAAAGACAGUCUUGCAAGAAAUAUUGCAAAGAUGAAGAGAGCACACCCUGAUGAGUACAGCUUUGCCCCACAAACCUGGGUUUUGCCUGCUGAAUAUGCAGCAUUUCAGAUGUAUUGCAGAGAACUGAAGAAGAAAAAGAGGGCCAAGACAUUCAUCAUGAAACCAGCCAAUGGUGCAAUGGGCAAUGGAAUUUCCCUUAUCAGAAAUGGAGACCGCAUUCCAUCACAUGAACAACUUGUCAUCCAAGAAUACAUUGACAGACCGUUUUUGUUGGACGGUUACAAGUUCGACCUACGCGUCUACGUCUUAGUGACGUCCUGUGACCCUCUCCGUAUAUUUGUUUACAAUGAUGGAUUGGUCCGCCUAGGCACAGAGUGCUACGAGCCACCGACAGAAGACAACAUGGAUGAGCUAUUUAUGCACCUGACGAACUACUCCAUUAACAAACACAACGAGAACUUCGAGCGAGACGAGAAUGAUGAUAUGGGCAGUAAAAGGUCCAUCAAGUGGUUAAACGAAUGGCUGCAAUCCAUGGAUUAUGACGUUAACUUUUUAUGGAGAGGCAUAACGGAGGUGAUUGUCAAGACUCUGAUUGUGGCGCAGCCCCACGUGCUUCACUCGUACCGGAUGUGCCGGCCUGGGGCGGCGACCGGAAGUGACAGCGUGUGCUUUGAACUACUUGGUUUCGAUAUUCUGCUGGACAGGAAACUGAAACCGUGGCUUUUAGAGAUAAAUCGCUCGCCCAGUUUCGGGACUGACUCCAAACUCGACCAGGAGGUCAAGGGUGGAGCCUUGAGGGACACGCUUCGACUACUCAACAUCAAACCGAGCGAUCGGCGUAGAGGUAUGGCUGCCGAAAAAGCAGAAUCACAAAGGCGUCUUCUGACGCAGCCUAAACGCAGCGAAUACACAAUGUCGGAACUCGAUAAGAAGAAGAUGAUACUUAACAAAAGACGAAACGAGCUGAAAGAACGCCUUAAUCAGCUGCGACGCGAGUCUGCAAGAGAAGAGUUUGAAAACAUCAACAUGGGUAACUUUCGCAGGGUUUAUCCGCCUGACGAUCGCGCUAAAAAUGAGAAAUACACCGGACUUCUGGCGGAUGCCUUCAAGCUUUUUUUGUCAGGGCGUGCUGCUGCCUUACAAAAGGACGGAAACCAGCCCUUCAGUACUCUUCGGGAAGAAGAAAUCUUGGAUCUUCUAGAACAGUGCGAGGCGGACGAAAACACAGCCCAACCGCUUGGCUAUCGACCACUAAGCAAAGGCCCCAAGCCCUUGUCGUCCAUGCCAAGUUCCAAGUCUCCCGUCACCAAGGACGAAUGUCUCGUCUCAUCAGCCUCAUCGGGAUCAUCAACAGUCCCUCUUCGCCAAGCUUCCACCACAGGACGCCCGCCAUCAGCGCAGAGGUCCGGCCCACCAGCACGGGCACCAGGACAGCGGAUAGUGACUUCAUCAUCCUCCCCACCAAUGAAGUUCAAUCCUGUUGUGGACGCUGCCUUUCUGAAGGCCGCUGUACGCGAACGAGAAGAGGAGCUUUGUAGAAGGACUCUACAAGCGUUCAUUGACAUGCGCAUUAAGUUCCCAGGGAAAACGGACGAGGAGGCGGAAAUGAUCCUUCAAAACAUUUUGGAAAACUGGAAGUUCCACAAACCGCGGGUCGCCUCUUAUUGGCUAGUCAAGCUCGACUCAAUUAAGCGACGCAAAGUUAUCGACAUAGUGCGUACGAACGUGCGCGCAAUCCUCCAACGCGUCUGGCGUUCCUCCGAUGUCGACAGCCUUCGACUUUGUCGUAUUAUAUCGCGAGUCUUCAAUCGGCUUCUUUGGAGUCACGGCCAGGGGCUCUGGAACUGUUUUUCGAAUCUUGGCAACUCAUGGGAGACUAUAUUUAGCAAAAGCACGGAAGUCUUGUCAUCGACGGAAAUGAGCUGCUGUAGGCGCGUGGUGCAGCUAUGUCGCGACUGUCUACUCAUCGUCUAUCAGUUCGCUGCUGAUGCGAAAGCAGCUGGUGCCGCCACAGGGAUGACAAAAGAUGAGGCGGGUGCUAACAGACAGGAUUAUCAAAGGGGACCUGAUUUGUCGUCACAGCACGCACUAUCAGCAAGAAUGUCUCGCAUUCCGAGGACCUCACAAGUUAGGUCUUGAGGGGGGGGGGGGGGGGGGGGAGGUCGACGUGAUGACGAGCUUUCGUGUUUACCAGCCUCUAGAAAGUUAGUUAUAAUGGAGUGGACACAAGCUACAGCAGAUGGGAUAAGCUGGCCCAGUUGUUCUCCUAUUCCCUGUCACGCAUAGAGAAACUGUGCAUUGCGUGACUGAAGUCUCUGGUUGACCACGUGACCACGUCUUUGUAAAAUAGAAUUUCGACUUUGUAAUAUAUCAAGAUGGAGACAAAAGACAUUAAUAGAUAUUAUAUAAAUAUAUUUAUUCAUAUUUUAUUGAUUUUAGACGAAAUUGUUUUAAAUUUAAAACAUUUUUAACAACAUUUGUACUUGUUUUUCGUACCUCUUGUCCUGAACGAAUUUGAAAAUAACAUAUGAAGAAAACGUUGUCGUUUUGGGGGUCUGGUACCGAGGAAUCUAAGUUUGUUUUUAAAUACUUUCUCUAUAGAGUAAAGAUGGUCACAGUCACUUUUUUCUCUUCUGAUUACAAGUCAUAAAGUUUACGAAGCACCUACGAUACAACAACCUUAAAAAUGACAAGAAUCAUGCAGCUUUUCCAAAUAAGGAAUAUAUUAGUUUCCUUAUAUGGAAAGGAACGCGUUUGGUAAAAACGACAAUUUUUGGCUGAAUUUUCUUGAUAUGUCACAAAUAGUAUUACUGAUCGAGACAAAAAAUUCCAUUCCGCGAUAAGUAUUUUAUAAGUAACGUCAUUGACCAUCCCCUACACCUUAAAAACCAUAUGGGAGCCGAAAAUUAAAAAAAAAAAAAACUAAAUUACCUCCCGUCAUGUACUUUAAUGACGGACCAUUUGAUAUUUGACGGGGGGAGUGGCAUUUUCUAUUGUCCAAUUUCUUUUCCCGGACUGUUUUGUUGUUCGAUUUCUUCCCAAAGUAUGUAGCGUUUUUUUCUGCCAAUCUUUGCUUGCUCCAUUUUAAGGGCCUUAGCCUUGCUCUUUUUUUUUAUUUAAGGGGAAAUCAGCCAGUUUCUCCCCUCAACUAUCAAAUGGUCCGUCUGUUACUGAGGCAAAAGUAGCCUCUGGACAAACCCACUCACAACUCUGAACAAAUCUCACUAAAAGUUAAAAGUCGUAGGCUUGUUUAUGAGUUGUACAGUUUGACAAUUCAUGAAUGCUCUUCGCUGAGAUUUUGUCCUGAAAUAAAAGUUUAAACAAA